AUGCCGCCGACGCUGUCCUUCGAGCAGGGUAUCCCAGUGUACGAUGGCACGCCGGAGUUGCUGGAAGAGCACCUAGACAGGAUCGACACGCUGCGUGUCGGCGCGACGGAGGACGUAGGCAAGAAGACGGGGCCGCUAGGCCCGAGGCUCUACAAUGCUCUGAGAGAUCGAAGCGCAAUCGUGAUGGCGCUGAAGGCGGCCAUCCAAGGGAUCGGUCCGAAUCGUGUGGGCAAGCUCUUCGACAGGUAUUUCGACAGUUCGAGCCGACGCAGUGCGGAGGCAGUGGGUUCGUGGCUGACGAAGCAAAGCAAGAUUCAACAGGAGUUCUUGGGCGCCGACAGGACGACGCAGUCGAGUGAUGAUAUCGAGGCCUUUUUCCUAUUGAAGCUGAGUGGUUUGACCAAGGCCCAUCGAUCCAAAUUGCCGGCGAGUUGCGGCAACGUCUACAACCCGAAGAAGCUGACUGAGGCCAUCAGAGUGCAGUUCGCAGAUCUACACAAGGCGGAGGGACGCCCGCGACACGGACACGAUCGCCGAGAAGGAAAGCACGAGAGAAGGUACGCCUACCUCGCCGACAGACAUGAUGAAGAUGAAGCAGAGCCAGAGCCAGAUGACGAACAUGGAGACGACGGUGACUACGGCGAAGGGAUGACGGAUAUCGAGGACGAGUUGAACAAGCCACAGGAAGGAGUCGAAACGGGCGACGAAGACGCAGAAGAGCAGCUGGCGGCGCUCAGCGAGUGCCUCGUUGCGGAGCAGGCUACGUAUAUCGCCCGGAGGGACCUGCGUGAGCUGAAAGACCACGCCCGAAGGUCCAGCCGACCCGUGAAGUUGAUGAACAACAAGCAGGAAACGGCGGAAGACAGGAAGAAGCGGAUCGAGGAGUCGAAGAAAAAGACCCGAUGCCGAGUAUGCGGAGCGCUCGGUCACUGGGCAGGAGAUCCUGGCUGCGCCGAGUCGGAUCGUUCGCUACCGCCGCGUGGAGACCGAGGUCGAUUCCAGCAACGUGGAGGCAAGGGCGGUGGCGGAAAAAGUAAAGGACGAAGUGGCGGAAGGACUCAGAAGAGCUUCUUCGCCGUCAGGGACGACACGGACGACGACGCCGAGGAGGCGUGCUUCGUGGCCAGCGUGGAGCAGGACAAGGACAAGGACAAGAAGCGCUCCAUGUCGUCGGAGCACCACUGGAUGGUGGACCAACCGCCUGGGCAGAGCGUGCUUGGUCCAAUACUGGCGUCAUCAACGGCAGCGGCAGCAGUGCCGGUAUCCCCGACACCGAGCCCGAGAAGGAACUACACGGACGGCAAGGGCAUGGCCAACGUCGAGGCGCCGUGGGAGAGCAGCGGGCGCCAGUCGGACACAGAGCUCCUCAAGAGGAACCAGUAUGCCAUAGUGUGGAAGUGUGACUGCGGCGCGCGAACAGCAGAGAGGUACUUUCCGACGAGCAAGAAGUACCAUCACGGACAGAAUUGUUUCAAUUACAUGUCGAUCGCGGAGUCCGGGGAGCAGGAGUUCGAAGAGUUCGCGGCCGUGGCUGGUGUCAUUGACGACCAGAGUGAGUGUGAUGACGACGAGGUCGCUCGUUUGGACACGAUGUGUACAAGUACCAUGCACGGCGACCAGUGGCUGGAGCGGUACUCGGCGAAGCUGAACGAGAAGUAUGGGUUGUGCAUGGAGUCUCACCCAUGCAAGGUAAAGUACCGAUUUGGCGGAGGAGAGCGCAAAGAGGCGAAGUUCAGAGAUGUACUACCGAUCGGCAUCGGUGGAGAGAAUGGCGAGAUCAGUUCGAAUCGAAUCCCAGGGUCGCCCACGAAGAUGCUGCUGUCGCUCAAGACGCAGAAGGCGUUGGGCAUGGUCAUCGACCUCGUCGAGGGGACGGCGGACUUCAAGAAGCUCGGCCUCAGUGGAGUGAAGCUUCGAAGGAGAGUGCUUGGGCGGCUGCACGCGGUGAUCGGCGAGGACGAUGGACCUGUUCUGUGGGAUGCUGGGAGCCACGUGGUAUGCCGCCACGGUCAUGGAGAUAUGCCCGUGACUCAGCAGGACGACCUCCUGGACGGUUUCGACUACUUCGACCCGUCGAACCAAGAGCGGGUGUUCGAGCAGCUGGACCGUGACGACUCGUGGAUGACGAUCGUCUCGUGGUCAUGUGGACCGUGGGGCGGCUGGUCCCGCUUCCAGAUCGCGCGUGGAGGUUCACUCGCAGCACGUGUGGAGGAGAAGCGGGAGAAGGCGCGGCCGUUGUUGGAGUUCAGUGCGAGGGUCGUCAAGCACUGCUUGGAACGUGGGAGGCUUGUGUUGCUGGAGAACCCGUGGGCGAGCGACGCCUGGGAAGACCCCGCGCUGGAGGAAAUGCUGAUGGACCUGGAGACGUCCGGACGGUACCCGUUGGAGCUGGUAGAGGACAUCUUGCUGGGCGCGUGCGAGGAGCUACUCGAGAGGCACUACGAGCAGCUCGCAUUUUCCGCGGAGGUCCAGGAGCUCCACGACGAAGCCCGCAGGAGGCCGAUGCGUGGGGGCUCCGCCAGUGUCGACGCGGCCCACGAGUACACCGAAGAGUCUGGGAGCUACAUCCUCGUGACUCAAAAUGCGUGGAUGGACACCAAGUUCGACCCGAGGUGUCUCUCCCAUGAGACGCAAGUACGACUGACAGGAGAUCGCGAGACUGUGGGCAUCGACGACAACGGACAGAGCAUCCACGAGCAGGAUGACUGGAAGAUCAACCCUGCUUUGCCUAUGUCGCGCCGGCUGCGACGGCACGGUCGAGCCACACCCAAGGCCGUCAAGGCGGCUGGGCAUUUGUGGUGCAGCGUGUGUGCCAGUCUGGUGGGACCAACUACGUCGAGACCUACCGAGCUGCUGGUGACGCCGUACGAGUUCAAUUAUCUCAUCGAGAUCGAUGUCCUCGAUGAGUACCCGGCCACCGGCAUUCGAGUCUCGUCCCUCAACAUGGUGUGCGACGGGACAGGGUCCCAGCAAGUAACGCCGUUACGCUAUGGUGGAGGGAUUGCUACAGGCAAGGAGAUAUUUGAGGCGCUCAUGUCCAGGUGGGUGUCGUGGGCAGGCACGCCCUAUCGAUUUUUCAUGGAUCAGGCCCGUAACAACAUGGCCUACGUCAGGGAGCAGCUGAUCGCACGCGGGGUGCACUGCGAGCUCACCAACGUGGAGCAGCACCACCACCUCGGGCGAUGUGAGCGAGCUGGCGGUGUCUGGAAGGAGCUCUGGAGACGUGUGUGCUACGAUCAGCAGCUCACCACCGAGGGCGACGUGGAGAUCGGCGCGGCAGAGACGAACAAGGCGGAGAACUCCACGAUGCGGAGAGGUGGCUUUGCUCCAGUGCAGUGGGUUCUCGGUCGUGACGUGCGGAUUCCAGGCAGUCUGGUUGAUCCUGUGGAGGCGAGUCGUCUAGAGACGCAUGAGGCCAUCCUGACACCUGGGAGCGUGAUGGCCAAGCAGGUGGCGCUGAGAGAUGCGGCGCGCAAGGCGUAUAUCGAGGUGGACAGCGACGACCGCAUGAGGCGAGCGAUGUUGGCUCACAGUCGACCGAUGAGAGGACCGUGGCCGCCAGGAAGCCUCGUGCAUUUCUACCGGAAGCAGCGACCAGCUAAGAAUCAGCACCCAGCAGUUGGUCGCUGGCACGGCAUAUGCAGAGUAAUUGGUCAGGACGUUCCAAGCGGAGAUGCUGGGCGGCCUCAGGGCCACAGCAUAUGGUUGAACUACCAGGGACAGCAAAUCCUCCCGGCUCCAGAGCAGCUACGCUGGGCGACGCCUGAGGAGAUCCUCGCCUGGAAUAUCUCAGGAGACGUGGCGAAUGAGGUCGGCGCCGAGCAUCGGACAAGGGUCACCUACGCAGACGUACGGUGGAGGCCGACUUUCCCCGAGGAGACCAAGGAGAGCGAGGAGCAGGCAGACGCCGAGAAUAAGCAGUCGGAGAAGUCGGACACGCCGAUCAUGGUGGUACCCGUGCCCGAGCCGGAGCCGACGACGUUGGAGAAUGACCACAACAACGAGCUCGAGGAAAAGCAGCCGAGCGGAAAGGAAGAUCCAGACGCCAACGCGACUGACAACAAGGGCCCCAUGGUGGACACAGAGGGCGAGAGCUCGACCGGUGAGGGCAAGAUGCGUCCUCCAUUGCUGGGCGAGGUCGACGGUCAGAAGAGGCAGAUUUCGUUCGAUGCGGACACGUACUGGUUGGCGCGACGUCGGCAUUUACAAGCACGGCACCAAGAAGAAUUGGAGGCCAAGACGGCGAUCAUCGCGGAGGGCCGGAAUUGCGAGGCGGGCGACCGACUGUGGACCCUUCUCUUGACCGAGCGCAGCGAACAGAUCGAGAAGGCGGAUGCGGCGAAGGCUGAAGGGAUGCCCGUCAGCAAGACUCUGGAGAAGCAGCUCGGGAGAUGCAAGGGGAAGCCUGGACGACGUGAGCUCAAGGAGCGAGAGAUCCCGAAGCACUUGAAGGAGGCGCUCGAUGAGGCCAAGAAGAAGGAAUGGAGUAGUUGGUGUCACUACGAUACGGUCGAGAUCCUCACCGCGAAGCAG